CCUUGGUAUGCCCCUCAGUAGAACAAAAUACCACGAGUUGCCCCUGCUUCAUCCCUUGAACGUUCGUUCUGCCUUUGAAUUCCGCAACAGAACUUUCGUCACUUUUCGAUUUCUGUUCGUGCCAGCCAGUAUGUGACGAUGAUUUCCCCUCGAGCCGAACAUCAUUAUAUUUCGCCCGAAAGAGAGGUCAAUGCAGGGCUAUGGACCUUAUUCAGCGGUGCGACUCUUUUCUUGAGUCUUCGGCUCUGGUGCAAGCUCACCCGAGGCCAUGGGCUGUGGUAUGAUGAUCACAUUCUUGUGAUAUCCUGGAUAAUACUACUUAUGAACGACGCCCUUAUUUCCUACGAGUUUGCGACAGGUUACGUGGUGGACAAGUGGGACGACCGGAUGCACAUUCUCAUCAACAUUUCAUCAUGUGGUACUCUUCUCGGCCAAACAUGGACUAAAACCGCCUUCGCCGUGACUUUACUCAGGAUGAGCAAUCGCUGGCAACAGUACAUCUUGUGGUUCUGCAUAGCCACCAUGAACGCCUACAUGGCUGUCAAGAUGGUCUUCCAAUGGGCGAGGUAUUGCGACGAGGCCAGCUACCAGGUGUGGUACAGGAUUCCAGGCUUCUGCAUCAACGCAACCUUCGCCGAUGAUUUCAAAGAAGGUGGCAAUACCUACAAUAUCAUUAUGGAUUUCGUUUUUGCGCUGUUCCCCUGGCUGAUCACAUGGCGUUUAAAUAUCAAACGAUAUGAAAAGGCCGCUCUUUGCGUUACAAUGAGCUUGGGGCUGUUGGUUGCUAUUAUUUCUGCUGUGCGGACUGUCUGGAAGUCUAAACCGAUAAUGCACGUCCACGACGCGUGGUAUAUGUGGCGAAACGGCCAGUCUAUGGUCUGGUACUCGGCCGAAAUCUGCGGCACCAUAAUCGUGCAGUGCAUCCCUAUCCUCCGGCCCUUCCUCCGCGAGAUCCACAGCUCCCUUACAUCAAGGAAAUUGGGCGAUACCGAAGCUGGGAGAACCACCGGCGGAUGGCGCAGCAACGUCGACGGAAAACGCGCCUCAUCAACCAUCACCAGCGCCGCCCACGAUGACACCAAAAAGGCACCCGUCGAGUCCUUUGCCCUGCGCAAAAUCCCGGAAGAGGCGGCAGCCGAUACCAUAGGGCAAGCGUGGGAACCUCACACAUCAUACUCGCCUUCCGAAGUCGACCGCGCGAUAAAAGCCUCGCACACAGGGCCGCUCCAGCCUGGUGACGGAUGGCCACUGUCGGCCCAUACGGACGUGGGCUCGCAUGUGGAUGAGGACUCGCAUUAUGAACCGUGGGCGGAACCCGCGGCUGCACCAAGUGGGGAGACGGCGUUGUGGCCGCCACCGAGGAGACCGGCGCGUGUAUAGGAGGAGGAUUUUAUUUUGUAAUCGAAGUCAAUACCUCAGAGCAAGAGGCAGGAAGAAAAGGCAAGGUUCAAAAUACGUUUUAUACGAUAGGAAAAAAUCAAUGGGCUAUCUUGAUUGAAAUUAUUUCUUUUGUAGGCAAGCCGGG